AUGAGUUUUGACGCUGACGUAUACUUUAACGGCCAAAGAAAGGAGCUAUACAGACUUCACAAAGAACUUAUCGAAAUCGAGUCCAUCUCGGGCGAUGAAAAUAGUGUGGGAAUCUAUUUAAAAACAUACUUGGAAGGUCUCGGGUAUACAGUGGAAUGGCAGCCAGUUCCUGGAAAGACCAAUAGAGAGCGGGCUAAUGUAUAUGCAUAUAAGGGGACCGAACGCAAUACACAGGUGCUACUGACUUCUCAUAUUGACACAGUGCCACCGUACUUUGGAUAUCGUGUAGAGGGUGACCGGAUUUAUGGACGAGGUUCAGUUGAUGAUAAAAACUGUGUUGCUGCCAUGAUAGUUGCACUAGAAGAACUUUUUGCUGAAAAAAGGGUAACCCCUGAGGAUGUGGGUUUGCUCUUUGUAGUGGAAGAAGAAGUAGGAGGUCCAGGAAUGCAAUUUGCAAAUAAAAACUUGGAUAUCAAGUCCUGGAAAAGCGUUAUUUUUGGUGAACCGACUGAAAUGAAGCUGGGUAUUGGACAUAAAGGUGUUGUUAUGUUUGAUUAUGUUGCACAUGGGAAAGCCGCGCAUUCGGGAUAUCCAGAGCUAGGAAUCAACGCUACUAGCAAGCUAAUUGAUGCUCUGUACAAGCUUACACAUUCACCACUUCCUAGAUCUGAUCUUUUAGGGGAAUCAACAAUUAACGUUGGGAUUAUUAAUGGAGGAGUUGCAGGAAAUGUAAUUCCUGAAUAUGCUAAAGCCACUAUCAUUAUUCGGGUAGCUAAAAAUAUUGAAAAGAUUUUGGAAAUAGUGAACUCCAUUGCUGCAGAGUUUGAUUUGGAGGUUGCCAAUGUGUAUUCAGUUCCUGAACAGUCUUUAGAUUUCAAAGUUCCAGGGUUUGAUGGAAUAGCACUUUCAUUUGUAACUGAUGUUGCAAAUCUUGAUGGCAAUUUUAAGCGGUUUUUGUAUGGUUCUGGAAGCAUUCAUGUGGCACACUCUGAUCAUGAGUAUGUUCCAAUUAAAGAGCUUUAUGAUAGUGUGGAUGGGUAUAAGAAGUUGGUUCAAUUUUCUUUGGAGAAUCAUUAG